AUGAGCAAUCGGGACCGAAGCCGAGAUGUAUCAUCUGAAGAUCUCAAUAAGCAAGCGUCAGCUGAAUCUAGUUCAGCAUCGUCUUCGAAUAAACGUCAAUCAACAUUUAAUAAAACAGCUGAUGUCGAUGAUCCACCGUUUAGUCGACUUUUUUUACUUAUACCAAAAGCUAUGUCGGAAGAUGAAUUACGUAAAGCGUUUCUAGUUCAUGGAAAAAUCCAAGAUAUUCACAUGGUACGAGAUCGCCGUAGUCAAGAAAGCAAAGGAAUCGCGUAUAUUAAAUAUGAAAAAGCGUCAGCAGCAGCUCGUGCUAUGGAAGAAAUGAAUGGAGUCGUUAUUCCACCACAUACACGUCCGGUGAAAGCUAUUAUAUCAAGCUCACGUCGUGAAGGCAGUGUGCGGGAUCCAGAUGAACACGAAAAAAUGUUACGUUUAUUCGUUGUUAUAUCAAAGCAUAUGACUAAAGAUGAUUUACGAAAAGUAUUUGAGAAAUAUGGUUCAACUAUUCAUAUUAAAAUUAUAGUAGACAAAUUAACUGGUGACAAUAAAGGAUUCGCUUAUAUUUCAUUUUCAAAAGCAUCAGAAGCUGCUUAUGCUUUAGAAGAAUGCGAUCCAUGUUACAAACCAAAAUUUGCCGAACCAUUUUCCUCAAAGCGUCAUCGUGAUACUGAAGAAAUUUUGUCUUCGUCAGCAUCUUUAUAUGGAGCGCUUUCACCUCCAUAUUCUCAUAAAAUACAGCUUGGUAAACAGCAUCAAUCGCCAUCAUCCAAUGACCAUCGACCAUCUCCACCACCUUUACUUCCACUUCCAUCACGGUCAUUAUCGCAUAUCGAAACAAAUCAACCAGUAACCUCAUCAGCUUAUCAUUUACUUGACAAUAAUAAUGAGCGUCGUUUAAUUGUUCGUUGUGGUACAACAAUAACAAAUUAUCAUAUAUCAAAAUUAUUUGAUCUCGUACCAAACAUGGAAGAAUGUUCAGGACUUAAUUUAAAUACAUUCAACGAGCAUUAUUUUAUUGUACGCUAUAAAUCGUGUCAAUUUGCAACAUAUGCACGUGAAAAACUGCACGCAUUUCAAUUUCCUGAUGGUGAAAUAUUAUCCGUUCAAUACUAUGAUGAACAAGUUGUUAACGAUUUGAUCAAUCAAUCGCAAAAUGGCAAAUAUGGAGAUACAUCAGGCAUUGGACAAUUAAUACAUCAAAUGAGUAAUUUACAAGGAAGUCAAGAACAAUACGUCGACUACUGUAAUAUUCCAUUGCCACCGAAACAAAAAUAUGCUUCAUUUGAUGCGCCUGUUGCCAAAACUUUACAAGUAAUGCCUCAACGUCCGAUAUCGGAAGAUUAUAUUCGCGAUGUAUUUAAUCGUUUUGGAAAUUUAAUUGACGUCCGAAUGAUUAAUUCUCAGCUGUGUCAUGUUAUGUUCAGUGAUGAAACCAGUGCCGAUACCGCCAUGGAGACAAUGAAUGGCCAAGAAAUAGCAUUCGUUCGUAUACGCAUUGUUGAAAGUGAUAAAUCUGUUGAUUCAACUACCGCUUCUGUUGUACACCGAAAACGACAAAAAGUGUGA